AUGGGUGGUUUAUACUUAUUAGAUUAUGGUGCAGGAAAUGUACGUAGCUUGGCAAAUGCUUUAAAUCGGUUAGAGUAUGAAUUUAAAUGGGUUAAAAAACCUGAGGAUAUUUUAGAAGCAGAUAAAUUAAUUUUUCCGGGAGUAGGUGCUUUUGGCAGUGCGAUGGAAUUAUUAACAUCAAAAAAUUAUGCCGAACCUCUAAAGCAAUAUAUAAAAUCAGGAAAACCAUACAUGGGGAUUUGCGUCGGUUUACAGACUUUAUUCCAUGGUUCCGAGGAAAAUCCCGAUGUUCCUGGCCUGUGCAUUAUUCCGGGUACCGUAAAGCUUCUUAAUAAAACCGAUAAAGCCGUUCCACAUAUGGGAUGGAAUGAAGUAUUUUGUGUCAGGAGGAUCAACGGAGUUAACGAAGACUAUCCGCAAGAUAAUCAACAUGGCAUUGAGCAAGGAACUGUCUAUUACUUUGUCCAUUCUUAUGCUGUACCCUUCACAAAUGAACUCAAGGAAUGGACACUCGCGACAACUCAAUAUGGGAAAGAAGUUUUUAUUAGCGUAAUUCAAAAAGAUAACAUUCUCUGUACUCAAUUCCAUCCAGAAAAAAGUGGAUAUGCCGGUUUAAGAGUUUUAAGAUCCUUUUUACAAGGGAAAGGCAUUGUAAGUAAUGCCAGCGGGCAACUCAUAAUAAAAAAUCCAGAAAUCUUACCAAAAGAUCGGUUUACCAAAAGAAUUAUCGCAUGUUUGGACGUACGGACUAACGAUCAAGGUGAUUUGGUCGUUACUAAGGGUGACCAAUAUGACGUUCGGGAAUGUAAUGAUGGCUCUGAAGUUUCAGGACAGGUUCGCAAUCUUGGAAAACCUGUUGAUUUAGCACGUCGAUAUUUUGAAGAAGGUGCUGAUGAAAUUACAUUUUUAAACAUUACGAGCUUUCGAAAUUGUCCGCUCACGGAUUUACCAAUGUUAGAAAUUCUAAAGCGUACUUCUGAAACUGUUUUUGUUCCUUUAACUAUUGGCG